UCUCUGAUCUUUCCCUCCCUCCCUCUCUCUGUAUAUCUUCCUGUGCACGUAGGGCUUCCAUCAAUAGUGAUUGGCUUCAAGUGAUUCCACGACGAAGAAGAAAGAAGGAUUCAACCACCGGCCGUUCUUCUGCAGCUGCUUGAAUCGUCUGUAGUCUGAUCAUCUAGCAGUGCUAUUUUGGAGAUUCAAGCCUGUUUAUAAGGUGUCCAGCUUUAUCGUCAACAACUAAUGGAAUAGAUAAAUCAUUAGAAGAAAAAUUUAUAGUUACUGAAAAUGGCCGAGAACAUACACUGCAUAUCUGACGACGACAAGAGCGACCGUACUGAUUUGGAAGCCAGACCUAAGAAACAUUCAUUCUUGGAUCUGAAUGAAGAAGCCGUGGUUGACGAUGGAGAGACCAGCAUCAUUGAUGAUAGAUCGUCUCCAGAAGGGAAUUCGAGCAGUAACAACUCAAGCACAGAUCAACUGAGAGAACGAACAACGAGUGUUAGGCACUACGUGAGGUCCAAAAUGCCAAGGCUUCGUUGGACUCCUGAUCUCCAUCUGGCUUUUGUACUUGCUGUUGAGAGGCUUGGUGGACAAGAAAGAGCAACUCCCAAGUUGGUUCUUCAGCUCAUGAAUGUGAGAGGACUUAGCAUUGCACAUGUAAAAAGUCAUUUGCAGAUGUAUCGAAGUAAAAAGCUUGAUGAGUCUGGCCAAGUCUUAUCUCAAAAUAGGGGAAUGCAUCAUGGAAGAGGACACAUUGUGGAGAUGCACGAAAGAUACAAUAAAGCCCAAGGGGGCCACUUUGGGAUAGAUACCAACUAUCAAGCGUCAUCUGUGCUAAUGAAACGUCCGUAUGACUAUGACUUCAAACGCGCUUCAAACCCAUCAAGGCUUCAGACAUGUGGGACAGUAGACAAGUAUCAGUGGGCAAGAUCAAGUUUAGAGUGGAGCAACAAUAACACGAUGGCAACCAAGAGGUCACACUUAUUUGAUGUAAGGGAUGCAAUAACAAAAAGUGGAUCUAUUAGAUGUAGAGAAUUUCUCCAAGAACAAAGAUUCCAUCAUGGUGAAAAAGUUGGAGUUGGAUCACAAGUCAGUAAGAGACUAAGGAUUUCUUGGGAUGACAAGUACAAUAAUUUAGUGGAACCUUAUAAUUCUCCUCUAUGGAGAACCAAAGCUAGUUCUGUCCACCAUAAUCAACGCCAAUGUAGUUCUUGUGCUCCAGUCUUUUCGCCAACUCAUUGGCAAUUUGAUGCUAAGGUUCAUGAUAUCAGUGAGGAGGAGCCAUCGCAAGCAGGUGAUCAGGUGAAAGACCAAUCAUCAGAGAGGUCUACAAGUUUCUUAGAGCUAAGUUUAAGGCGUGAUGAUUUUGGAAACGUUAGAGAGAAGAAAGUCUUAGGUUCAGAAAGCGAGCAAGAAGUUAACACGAAGCUUUCUCUUUCGCUGUUCUCUUCAUCAAGGCAACGCGUGACAUGAAAAAUAAUAUCUGAAAUCUUAUACCCAUGAAUUAUUGUUGAGAGAGCUUGUGUUCACGUUCACAAUAGUAUUAACUUGGGAGAAUCACAUUUAAGAAUCACUUAAGAAACUUAUAAAAAAGACCAAUACAUAAUAAAUUAUUAUUAAAAUGAGAACACUGAGUUAUUAUUUCUUGAAUAAGAUUUGUUAUUGAUUGAUCUUUACAUGUGAAUAAGUUUCUCGAGUGAUUCUUAAAUAUGAUUUUCCCAAUUAAUUUUGCACCAAGAACUCAAUAUUUGAGGUGUGUACUUAGGAUCUGACCAUGCAUGCCUAUAAUAUAACGGAGCAGAGGAGUGAGAUCAUUUAAGUACUUGCUUUAAUUGGAGCCCAUAGGCAUAUGCAUGUUAUAAGGACAUUUUCUCUGGACUUCAAAUAAAUCAAAUAGCUGAUCUUUUAGUCA